CAUGGCAGCGUGCACUGCUUACCGCUUGCUGAGAGGCUGGUGAGACCGCUGGAACAAGACUGAGAGCAAUACAUAUAUCAAUUAUCAUGUAUAUAUUGUUCUCAGGAACAGGACCAGGAGUUUGACUAUGGAACGUUUAAGCCAUAGUCACUCUCUAACAAAGCACAAAUGGCCUCACUACUAAGAAUCCUGCGUGGCACCGCUGCCUUUAGGAGUGCCAGGAAAACGACACGGGUACUAUUUUCCAAGUAUCUACUGGUGACAAACGUUGGGAUCAGCAUGACACUGUCAGCGGCAGGUGACGUCCUUCAGCAGCACUACCAGAUGUCGCAGGGAAGGCACGUGGCGUGGGAUCGACGACGCACGCGCCACCUGGCAACCUCCGGUAUGACGGUCGGCUUUGGCUGCCACUGGUGGUACCUGUUCCUAGACAGGAAACUUCCCGGUCGAGCGCUACCGAUUGUUCUCAAGAAAAUGGUAGCCGACCAGGUGAUAUUCUCACCAGUGAUGUGGUCGGUGUUCUUCGUCACACUGGGUCUACUGGAAGGUACCGGUGCCAGGCACAUGGUAAACGAAACAAUCUUCAAGGGGCAGAAACUGUGGACAGCCGAACUGCUCGUGUGGCCGCCGGCACAGAUGGUGAAUUUCAUGCUACUGCCGACGCAUUAUCGAGUGCUUUACGAUAAUGUGAUAUCUCUUGGAUUCGAUUAUUAUGCAUCCUACGUAAAACACACACCCAUGGACACGUGACGAGUAAUUAGAUGUGUGACCGAUAAACAGAAAUGCGAUAAUAGAUCGUGAUGAUCGGUCAUUGUUGGAUUCGCACAGGAAUACCCUGUCGCCAUCAAUGAGACAUCUCCGAAUAGUUACUGCUGCUCUGCUGCAUGUGCGGUUAACUCUUGAUCUGUGGAGUAAUUAGGUUCUUGGAAAUGGCCAUAUACAUCAUAAACGAGUAAAUAUAACAUUAAAACAGUGUAGGUUAGGGCCUUAGGGGGUCAGGUUCACAAUGAGACAACACCCAGUUGGUGUGGGUCUAUACCAACCAAAGGUUGCUAUAGUGGAAACUACAGUAUGCUUGCACAUGGAAUUUCAGCACAAAAUAAAAUACUGUACUUGAGGUUUAGACUUAUCGACACGACUAUAGAUCUAGAUUAUCCACCUGCUACGAGCCCAAAGGCAGCAACCCACGUUCCUAUACCAAUCUGACACGAACUUCUCGUAUAGGCCCUGUGAUGCCAGCCAGACGAUGAUAUUGUUUGGUGGUUGCACGUUGGUAAUCGUACUAUUAUAAAUGUAGCUCCAAGUGAAUUUUUUAAAAGUGUCAAUUGAUCAAUAGUUUUUCUAAAAACAACUCAAACACGUGAAUCAAGAGUUAUCUGUAUGUGUGUGAAAAAUCUAGUUUUAUUCAUAUACGAGGGCACAGUAAUAUAUUCAGCUCGGUUUAUUUAAUUUACAAGAUUGUUGUUCUGUCUACAUCUGAAGGAUUUGCCAUGCAGACUAGAGACAGAGAUGCCUCAUUAUGUGUGGUAACAUCUAUAAUUACAUUCUAGCAAUAAAACUUCUUUUUUUUU